AUGCUACAAACCGCCAAGCGUGCGGCGACGGCUCCUCGACACUCUCCAGCAUCCAGACGCGGAGUCCAGACGCUACGGCCCAAACCCAAUCACCCCAUCGUCACGCCCAGCGCUAAAGUUGACAUCGUUCGUGAUGCAAAGAAGAUAGAGCUAGAGCGGGCAAGGGCCCUUAGACACGUCAAGAGAAACGAAGUUGGGGUCCAACUGUUGUCGCGGUCGCUUCACGAGCAGAUAUUUCGAAACGUUUCGUUUCCCCAACCUCCGCGUUCGUAUAUACAGAUUGCCAAAGAACACCUGGCACAGCACGAACUAGACCCAGUGCAGGGCUCCGUACUCCCCGACAUUGGCUUCCAGCUUCCACCGUUGCAAGGGUCAAACCUUCUGGAACACUUCCACCGUAUUGGUCUUCAUGCUGCAGAACCAUGGUUGUCGCUGUCCAAAGAACACGCCUCAACAGUGCUCCCUCCGAAGCCGGAGUACUGGGAACUUCAGAGUGGAUGGACCAAAUACCAUUUUCUCCCCGACGGAUCCAGUUACCACGAACAUGUCGACUUUCCAAUGCACGACGGCAAGCCCGAGUCAAUGCUCACAUUUGACGUUGAAACCAUGCCUAAGCACCACCCAUACGCGGUCAUGGCAUGUGCAGCAUCGGAGAAUGCCUGGUACGCCUGGAUAUCUCCAUGGCUUCUUGGAGAGACGGACGACCCCCAGCACCUAAUUCCAAUGGGAGAUCCUCAUGCGAAUAAAGUCGUUAUCGGCCACAACAUUUCCUACGACCGUGCAAGGAUAGGCGAAGAAUACCGCCUCGAAGGGACCCAAACCCGUUUUAUCGACACUAUGUCCCUUCAUGCAGCUGUAUACGGCAUCUCGUCUCACCAGCGCCCAGCCUGGAUGAAACAUCGCAAAGCCAGAGAGACGGAACUUCGGCAAUUAGAAGAGGCCAUUGAAGUCUUUCGAGGGCUCAUCAAAACAGCCGAGGAGAAGAUGGAACUGGAAACUGAUCCUCAACAAAAAGAGGAAUACCGCCAGACGCAUCUGAAGCUCUCCAAAGGACUUCUCGAACUGCAGACCGCCAACGCGGAAUGUGCAGACGAAGUGGAAGGCGACGCAUCUCCAGACCCUGUCGAAAAGCGCUGGGAGGACAUCACGGCAGUGAACUCUCUCGCAGAGGUUGCCAAGCUUCAUUGCGGGAUCGAGGUCAACAAGGACGCUCGCGAUGACCUGUUUGAGGGGAACAUUGAAGAAGUCCGUAACAACCUCCACGACUACCUGGACUAUUGCUGCAAUGACGUUCACGUCACACAUGAAGUCUACAAGAAGAUCCUACCGUCAUUCCUCCAAUCAUGCCCACAUCCAGUCUCUUUCGCGGGCAUCCUCACGAUGGGCUCGAGUUUCCUUCCUGUGAAUCAGGAAUGGGAAGCCUAUAUCGAACGCGCCGAGAAGACCUACCGCGAUAUGCAGGCCAAAGUGGAAAAGAAGCUGGUUUCUUUGGCAGAAGACGCGCUGAAGCUCAUGGAUAACGAGGCAUGGAAAUCCGAUCCAUGGCUUUCCCAACUCGAUUGGACACCCAAGGUAGCUUCCAAGUCUCGAGGGGUUUAUGCUCCGGAGGACCCUCCUCUGGAGGAGGCGACACCAGAGGUAGACCCUUCAAUCCCACCGACAUGGUUCGACAAACUGUCUCGAGACCCUUUAUCGACAGAAUGCAGGGAACGCAUCAUCCCCCACCUUCUUCGCUUGACUCUGGACGACAAACCCCUUCAGUAUACUGUCAAAGAAGGCUGGCACUUCCUCGAAGACAAUACCAUCCAGCCUCUCCCAACAGCUACCAGUAAGAGAACCGGCCAAAUCCUCAACGCCCGCCACGCCCGUACCCUUCUUCAAAGCGGCCAGCUCCAUUCCCCACACACCGACCUCGCCCUCCUACUCUCAUCCGGAAGCAAAGGCGACGACGUCAAAUCACAAGUCCUCCAGCUCGCCGAAGCAAUGCUAGCAGAAGGGCGCGGAGGGGACGUCUCGACCAACCCCUGGCUUUCUCAACUCGACUGGUCUCCCGCGGGCCAGAAGAAAAAGAAGAAAGAGAAACCACCGAAGCCUCCUCCAGUGCUCUGGCCCAAGUGGUACUGGGAAGCCACCAAACCAAGGAAAGGUGUUCCACCGGGAACGCUCGACAUCACCACCCGCGGGCGCAUUGCGCCCCUGCUACUUCGUCUCUCAUGGAAAGACUGGCCCCUCACCCACUCUCGCGAGCACGGGUGGAUAUACCGCGUCCCUCCCAACACCGACGCCAUGAUCCGAUCCAAGCCCCUCGACUUUUACGAUAAUGCAGAUGCUCACCUCAACGAGCUCAAGCUUCACCACGGGUAUCAGUUCUACAAGCUACCACAUAAGGACGGGGAGAAAGCCAAUGUCGGCAGUCCACUCGGGAAGACCUUUAUCAAGUAUGCCCAGGACGGAACAUUGAAGAGCCCAGGGGACGAAGCAAAGGAAGCAUUCGACCUCAACGCCAUCUGCAGCUACUGGAUCAGUGCCAGAGAUCGUAUCAUGAACCAAAUGGUCGUUUGGGAGAAACAACGUGGUGAGCUUGGGUUCCCCAAGCCAGCAGAGUCACCAGACAGCAGCAAAGAGAAGUGGGGCAUCAUCGUUCCCCAAGUCGUCACAAUGGGGACUGUCACCCGCCGCGCCAUAGAGAAGACCUGGCUAACUGCAAGUAACGCCAAAAAGAACCGCGUGGGCUCGGAGCUGAAAGCCAUGGUGCGCGCUCCAGAGGGGUAUGCCAUCGUCGGCGCCGACGUCGACAGCGAAGAGCUCUGGAUCUCUAGCUGCAUGGGUGACGCUCAGUUUGGACUACAUGGCGCAACCGCCAUCGGCUGGAUGACUCUCGAAGGCACGAAGGCUGCUGGCACUGACCUCCACUCCAAGACUGCCAAAAUCCUCGGUAUUUCACGAGAUCAAGCCAAAGUGUUCAACUACUCCCGUAUCUACGGUGCGGGCAUGCGCCACGCCAUCCUCCUCCUUCUCCAAGGCAGCUCUGCCAUGCUCCCAGAAGCAGCCCAGAAACUCGCCGAGAACCUCUACGCAUCAACCAAGGGUAAAAAUACCCACCGCACCGACAUCUUCGAGCGCAAAUUCUGGUUUGGCGGCAGCGAGAGUUAUUUAUUCAACAAACUCGAAGAAAUCGCUUUGUCGGAUAAGCCACAAACGCCCGCUCUAGGUUGCGGGGUAACCUACGCCCUCUCCAAGGAAUACCUCCCAACAGGAUUCGGCUCCGACUACCUUCCCUCACGUAUCAACUGGGUAGUCCAAUCCUCCGGAGUCGACUACCUCCACCUCCUCAUCGUCUCCAUGCAAUACCUCAUCCAGCGCUACAACAUCAACGCGCGCUACCUCAUCUCCGUACACGACGAACUCCGUUACCUCGUCACCGACCAAGACAAGUACCGCCUCGCACUCGCACUCCAAAUCGCUAACCUUUGGACGCGGUGCAUGUUUGCGUACAAACUCGGGAUGGAUGACUUGCCUCAGGGCGUUGCAUUUUUCUCGGCGGUGGAUGUGGACAAGGUGUUGAGGAAGGAGGUUUUCAUGCCUUGCACGACGCCGUCUCAGCCAGAUCCUAUUCCCUCUGGAGAGAGCUUGGAUAUUGCGGGGGUGUUGGAGAAGACCAAUGGGGGCUCCUUAUUCGCCGAUGGGCGUCCGAUGCCCGAAACUGACUCCACCCCUCUCGUUGGGAACCUCGAGGGAUUCCAGACACCCGACUGUCUCGUCCAUCGAGCUCCCAAUGCUGCAUGGCUUAGAGCCCAAGCCACAACCGACUUUGCUGAAAUCAAAGCACUCGCUCAGCAAGUAUACGGGAAGCAUUUUGAUGGCGAUUUGGCCAGCAGUGGUAAGAAACAGCGCAGAGCUGCUCCCAGACGUCCCAACGGGAAGAAGAUUGUUGGUAUCGGCUCGGGUGAAGGCUAUGAUUGGUCUGCCAUCGUCGACAAUCUACUCAGCCACGAAGGUGUCAACAGCCUUAUGGAUUCCCGUUGA